UACAACUAAAAUCCAGGAGACCAUCACUCUGUCAGACACACAUGAUGGAUACAACAUCAGCUGUUCUGCCAGAUAUCCUGUGAUUGGAGGAAACAAGACAGAAAUGACAGAAGUGACUCUCAAUGUUUCAUAUGCUCCUAGAAACACCUCAGCAUCCAUCAGUCCAUCAGCUUUGGUGUCAGCAGGUAGUUGGGUGGAGCUGAGCUGCUCCAACAGAGCCAAACCUCCACCCAGCUUCACCUGGUUCAGGAAUGGAAUAAAAGUGUCAGAAAAACAAAAUUACAGCUUCAAUGUCACUGAGGAAGGAGAGUUUUACUGUGUGGCCAAAAAUGACUUAGGAAAUGAAACAUCGUCAAGGAUCUGUGUCAGUAUUAAAGAUUCUCCUUGGAGUCCCAGCAUUAAUCUUCCCUCUGACCUGAAGGAGCAUCAGUCUGUCACUGUAACCUGCUCAGCUUCAACUCCGUGUCCACACUCACCUCCUGAACUCACCUGGAAUCUCCAACAAGACUCUCUCAGACAAACAGAGAAAAACACAAAUGGAACCUUUACAACUAAAAUCCAGGAGAACAUCACUCUGUCAGACACACAUGAUGGAUACAACAUCAGAUGUUCUGCCACAUAUCCUGUGAUUGGAGGAAUCAAGACAGCAGAGACAGAAGUGACUCUUAAUGUUUCAUAUGCUCCUAAAGACACCUCAGCAUCCAUCAGUCCAUCAGGUUUGGUGUCAGCAGGUAGCUGGGUGGAGCUGAGCUGCUCCAGCAGAGCCAAACCUCCUAUCAGGAGCUUCACCUGGUUCAGGAACUACAAACGUGGAGCCACUAAAGUAUCUGUUGGCCAAGUUUACAGCUUCAAUGUUUCUGAGAGAGGAGAGUUUCACUGUGUGGCUACAAAUGAUCUGGGUCAACAAAAAUCAUCUGUGAUCCUUGUUGCUAUUAAAGAUGAUCAAUCAUCUGAAUUCCAGAUCCUUAAUAUAUUGAAGAUCCUGGGGAUUGUAUUGCUCUGCACUAGCAUCAUCAUCUUUGAGUGCUGGUUCAGAUUCUCCAACAAACCAAAGAAGGAAACAGAAGAGCCAACCUAUGUCAACAAUGUGAUGGUGACUACAGCGUCAUGAGCCACAAGGAGACCAGGAAGAUGUCCAAGGCCUCUGUCAGAGAGAGGAUUUAUUAUUUCUAUCCAAUUGUUCAAGUUUGUGUCUCAAGAAGCUUUUUACCAAGUCUAGUUUCUCUGUCCAGUAAUUAAUGUUUGUGUUUCAAUAAGUUUAUUCCUAUCUGCAAAGGCCAGUUGCUGAAACGCUGGAUACGCCCCGAACGUUUCACCAGUCCAUCAUAUCACCAUUUAUUGUGGUUUAGAAAUCCCUUACUAUUAUUAUUAUUAUUUCUUGAUAUUUUUGUCAGCAAUUAUGUGUAAUACUAAUGGAGUAAAUACGAGUCCUUUUGUAGAUCACUGAGUUAUAAGAGAUAUAAAAAUGUCACAAAAUAAAGAGGCUGUUUGAGUGAAGCAGAACUCCUGCUGGAUGUAACAUUUCUUUGUGUGAAUAGAAGUGGAUUGUUUUUGAAAGUUAUCUUUUUGAUUAUUACUGCUACAUAUUGCCAUUUUUAACAGAUCUUUAACAAUUGCACUGGAUGUUUUGGCUGUCAGCAAGAGGCGUAAAAUGUGAUAUAUUCCAUAACGUGAGGUUGAAAAGCUGUAAUCUUUGUCUAAGGUUUUUAUUUCUCAUAUUUCCCUGAACGGGAAUUUCAGUGUAGGAUGUUGUACAAAGGAUAGUUGCAGUUACAGCAACAGCUAACAGGUGUGGACACAGGAUGAUUUCUUCAUCAUGGUUUCAUAAAGUUGUUGAUGUGAUACAUGUAGAAUAAGGUUUAGUACUCUUGCGUAACAGGAAGAUUUCAAAUAGUGAAACACAGGUUUCAGUAUUUAAUGUGCGUAGUUCUGAACGCUUCUGGGGUUUUUUUCUUGGUGUUUUGGUCUUGCUUUAUAUGUCCAUCCCUUUCUUUUUACAUUUUCGGUGUUUUUUCUACGUGUUUUCUUGUCUUCUUCUUCUUUUUUUUUUUUUCAAUUUGCCGCUAAGAUGUAAUUCAUUAGCUUUAUCACUUUCUGUAAAGAUUCUUUGAAACAAUAAAUAAAAAUGAU